AUGCCGUUCCUCAGCUUGCCCGGCGGAGUGCGCAUGCACUACGAGAUCCUCACUGACGCAUCAGCGGCCGCGCCGUCUACCUCGCCCACUCCCUCCCUCCUCGACCCGUCCAAACCGACUCUCGUCUCCCUCGUCCCCUUCUGCGUGCCUCAAGCCAGCGACAUACCCCAGCUGUGCCCGACCUCUCCCCUCCAUGCAACACACAACAUCAUCGCCUUCUCGCCCCGCUCGCACGGCCGGACCGUUUCCGAGUCGAAACCCUCGCACGACCCAUUCGUCUCAGCCGCCGACCUCGCAUUCGCCUUCGAGGCGCUCCAGCUCCCUCCGAGUCAGCUUUACGCGCCAGGCUCGAUCUGCGGACGUAUCGGAGUCGCCUUUACUGUCCUCUUUCCCGAUCUCGUCACCGCCCUAGCGCUGGUCGGCAUCUCGGGGAGAGAGGCGAAGACUUCGACAGCAGGGUUCAAGACGCUCGACUCGGCCAUGUUCAACCCGGAAGAGGCCGAGGAUCUGCACGAGACGCUCGCCGAAUUGUCUUACUCCUUGUGGGGCGACCAUUUGACGACCGACGAGUUCGACGCGUUCAUCAACCUCCUCCUGCGGCGGCAAAACCCUCGCAUGGCGAUGCGAAGCUACGAGCUCUGCCGCAUCUCGUACCUUAGCGUCAACCUCACGCCCGAAGCGCUCGCUGGGAUCCGUCAACCCGUCCUGAUCCUCCAUGGCGAGAAGGACAAGUACAACGACGCGAGCGUGGUCGGCGACUGGCGACGGAUGCUGACUGGCGCCAAGUCUGUUGAGGCGCAUGUCAUCCCUGACUCUCCGCACAUGUGUUUUAUCACCGCUCAUGAGCCAGUAACCUACCACCUCUCCACCUUCCUCCGGCGCCACCUCCCUACCUCCCUGCCCACCUACACUCCUCCCGCCUUCUCCUCCGCCCUCGAAACCGUCUCGAAGCUCUUCAAUUCUUCCAAAGCUCGCCUUCGGAACCCUCGAAACCCCGAGUCGUACUCGUCUCUCUCGGACGCGGAGAAGGUGGAAGUAGGAGUCGACCUGGAGCGGAUGAGACGGUAUGAGCGGGAGUGGGCGACGAAGCCGUUGCUUGAAGGAGCGGAAGGUGUCGAGCCGUGGGAGCUUGAGAAGGCGGAGCGGAUCCCGAGACCGAAAUGGCGCUGGUCUCGCCGCCACGACGCCUACGCCGACUCACCCCGCAACUCCCAAACUCGCUUCUCCGUCGCCUCCGAAGUCGUCGUCCAAGUCGCCUCCGUCCAAUCCGCCGAAAAGGUCCCCGGCUCGAAUCCGUACAUCCGACCGAUGUCUAUCGCCGAAGUCAAGGUGUUGCCGCCUCUGCCGGUCGAGGCGGACGAGAGCGAUUCGGACAGCAGCAGUGAAGACGACAGUGGGUGGUUGGGACGGAAGGACUCGGGCUUCGUUGAUGCGUUCGAGGUGCUGCCCGAUGAGGAGGAGAAGGCAAAGUCGUCCGCGCAGGACGCGGUCGACGACGUCGCCGACGGCUUGACUGCCGUGAGCUUGAGCUGA